UAGCCCUAAGAUUUUAUGCGACUGGGAGCUUUCAAAUGGUAAAUGCUGAUGUUCAUCGUAUUUCUAGAGCUAGUGUUUCUACUAUUACACGUGACGUCACCUAAUGGUUGAAAAAUGUAUGCAAUCACUACAUUUCGAUGCCCACAGAUCCAGCAUCUCUACAAGCGUUAAAGCAAGGUUUUUAUGACAUUUCGAAUUUUCCCAAUGUUAUUGGUGCUGUUGAUGGAACUCAUGUGCGAAUCAAAAGUCCACCUGUUGAUGAACAUUUGUACGUAAACAGAAAAAACUACCACUCGCUUAAUGAAAUGGGAGUUUGUGACUCAAACUUAAAGUUUUUAAACAUUGUAGCAAAGUGGCCUGGUAGUACACAUGACGCAUUUGCAUUGCGCAAUUCAAGGAUUUGUGAAAUGUUUGAAGACGGGGGCAUAAGCGAUGGAUGGCUUCUUGGGGACAGUGGAUAUCCACUUCGGCAAUGGCUUCUCACACCAGUCAUAAACCCAACAACUAGACAGGACCAUCGUUACAACGCUUGUCAUAUGAGAAUAAGAUGUGCUGUUGAAAGACGUUUUGGUGUGUUGAAAUCUCGGUUCCGAUGCAUCGAUACCACUGCAGGAACAUUGUUGUACAGCCCAGUCAGAUGUUGUGACAUUAUUGUAGCUGUUGUUGUUUUACACAACAUGUGUAUUAAGAAUAGAAUUCCGUUGCCUCCAGGAAACGAUAAUCCAAGAGAUCAAGGAAACAUUGGUGGGCAGCAAUAUGUUGGUAAUCAAAACGACGGUGCAGUUAUUCGUACUAGAUUGAUAAAUAACAGAUUCAAAAAUUAA